AUGCAUGAUGUAUUUAAUGAAAUAAUUAAAGAAGGAAAUACUUAUCCACAGGAAUUUCCUUUAUCUCUUGAUGAAUUCAUUAAUUAUUUUUUAAGUUAUGAUACAUUUAUUGCGUUAAAUGAUGACGAUAAAGUAUUGGAUAAGAUCAGGGUUGAGGAAAGCAUUGUGUGGGACGAUAUAUUGCUUGGAAUGUUUUAUAUCAAACCAAAUUAUCCCGGACGAUGCAUUCAUAUUUGUAAUGCAGGUUUUGUGGUUCCAAAACGACAUCGUGGUAAACAAGUAGGAAAAUUAAUGGUACAAUCUUUUCUACAAAUUGCUCCUUUAUUAGGUUACAAAUCUUCUAUAUUUAAUCUAGUAUUUGAAAAUAACAUAGCCUCGAUAAAAUUAUGGAGAGAAUUUAAUUUUAAAGAAAUUGGUAGAAUACCCAAGGCUGGUCGUUUAAAAAAAGUUGAUGGUAAUGGAGAAGAAUUCGUUGAUGCUAUUAUGUUUUAUUAUGAUUUUGAAAAGAAUAAUGAAUGA